AUGGGUGACCAUCGUAUCGCCGCCGCGGCGCUUCCCGUGCCGGCCCGCCGUCCGUCCAAGCAACAAGACCAUCAUCACACGAGCAAGCGCAAAGAUCGACGCCGUACCGCAGCCAACCCUGCCGCCACCGAGAGCCGCGCCAGAGGCCUUCCGACUCAGGCUUCUCCAGCCCGCGGUGACGUUUCCAACGACUGGACCUUCGUGCAGCGUCAAGAAGACGGCGCUGCAAGCAUUCCAACCACGAGCGAUACGACGUCGAUCCAGGGCGUUGGCCCCGAAUUGAAUGCUAGCAACAUACAGCUCCACGACGAGCUCAACAAGACCAUCAGUUGGUCCUCUGGAGACAGGAUGGCCUGUCGUCGACGUUGUCGCCAAUGCCUCGAGGGCAGCGACGACGAGCACAGGAAUGUCGGCCAUCACACCUACUACGACAACAUGCACGGCGACGGCAGCGCCCUGCACAUGUGGGCUCCCGUCCCGUAUGAUACGGACGUGGCUUACAUGGGCACUUGGACCAGUGACGUCGAUGUCGGCGUGUACAAUGACGAUAUAUACGCGGGGCUGACCCAGGAUCGUUGA